AUGUCGAUCAAAUCUGAAUGCAAGCAGAAGAGACCGGCCAUGAAAUGGAGGUGCCCCCCUAGUGGACGUCUCAAGAUAAAAAUAGAUGGAGCUUUUGAUGCUGUCACUAGUAAUGGAGGUAUUGGGGUUGUGGUUCGAAAUGAAGAACGUUUGGGGGUUGCUGCUUUUGCAAGACCGUUUGUACAUGCUCACUCCGCUUUGAAUAUGGAGGUUGAGGCUUGUAGAGUGGGUCUCUUACUUGGUAUUCACCAAGGUUGGUCAGAAAUUGAAGUUGAAAGCGACUCUACCCUUUUAAUUGCUGCCCUUAAUAGAGAAGAGCAGGAUUUCUCCGAAGUAGGUCGAGUUUUGGAAGAUUGUAAAGACUAUAUGUCUGCUUUUCAAUUCAUCCAAGUUCGACAUAUUUACAGAGAAGCAAAUGGUGUUGCUCAUCGUUUAGCACAUCUUGCUAGAGUUGGUAGGCUUGAUGAUAUGUGGUUAGGAGAGACUCCUGUUAUUAUUUAG